AUGUCUCAAAAGAAUUACUACAAAAAUAGUGCUAUAUUACAGGAAGUUCUUCCAAAUUUGGGCGAGACGUACUUUAGGGCUAAUAGACUUGAAUUCGAGCACGUCAGGAGUCCCAAACUGUCCCUUCAAUAUCUAUUGGAAGGAAAUGAAAGUGCUUUUUAUAAGCAAGUGAAUACAGAGAUCGAUUUGUAUUUGGGGCUAUCUAAACCGACCAAAUUUGUAUUAGAGAGGGGCAUUCAAAAAUUUCGAGCCAAAAGGAGAACUUUCGCAACUAGGAAGAGAGUUUUACAAGGAAAAAUUCCAAAAGGCUUUUUUGAUACUCAAAUUGCACGGUUUUAUAUAAAGUUAAGAAUUCCGGGACGAUGUUGCAAAAGCGGAGAUUCUGCUGAAAAGGCUUGA